GGUGUCUGAAGUUGGGGGGUCGGCUGGAAUCCAGCUCCGAGCGAUGUUGGAGGAGGGGAGGGGAUUGGAGUUUGUCAACAGAGAGGCGGCGGUCUUGAGCCCAGUGGGUCUGUCUGUCACAUCGUCCGCCUUUUGAAGGAGCAAGCAGCAGACGAUAUGGCCUCGGCCUCCCUGCGGAGCGGGACCGGCGGCAGUGGCGGUAGGCCGCUGCCGUUGGGACCGCAGGACAUCCCUCUGAGCGCCAUGAGUCCCAAAUUCCUGCACACCAACUCCACCAGUCACACUUGGCCUUUCAGUGCAUUGGCAGAACUGAUAGAUAAUGCUUAUGAUCCAGAUGUAAAUGCAAAGCAGAUGUGGAUUGAUAAGACUGAAAUAAAGGAAAAAAUUUGCUUGAUAUUUGCCGACAACGGCCAGGGGAUGAAUCAAAGCAAGUUGCACAAAAUGUUGAGCUUUGGAUUCAGUGAUAAAGUUGCAGUAAAUGGACACGCACCUGUUGGGCUUUAUGGCAAUGGUUUCAAGUCUGGAUCCAUGCGGUUGGGAAAAGAUGCAACUGUUUUUACAAAAAAUGGGGAAACAUGUAGUGUAGGCUUCUUGUCGCAGACUUAUCUUGAAGCAAUAAAAGCAGAAAAUGUGAUUGUACCGAUUGUCUCAUUCAACAUGAACAAAAAGCUUUUAAGUGAGGAUAUGCAGUCAAGUUUGAAAGCAAUUUUACAAUAUUCUUUAUUUAACACGGAAAAAGAGCUCCUGGCAGAACUGGAUGCUAUUUCUGGAAAACGAGGGACAAGGAUUAUAAUUUGGAAUAUAAGAACAACCAAGGAUGGAAAACCAGAGUUUGACUUUGAAUCUGAUAAGCAUGACAUCAGAAUUCCCGAAGAUCAUUUAGAUGACGACGCAGGAAAAAGAAAGUACAAAAGACAGGAACGGAUGGAUCAAAUUGUGCCUGAAAGUGAUUAUUCUUUAAGAGCCUAUUGUAGUAUAUUGUACCUGAAGCCACGGAUGCAGAUCAUUCUUCUGGGAGUGAAAGUCAAAACUCAGCUCAUUUCUAAAAGUCUGGCUCACAUUGAACAUGAUAUAUACAAACCAAUGUUUAUUAACAAAAACAUAAAAAUAACCUUUGGCUUUAACUGGAGAAAUAAAGAACAUUUUGGAAUAAUGAUGUACCAUAAAAAUAGACUGAUUAAGUCUUAUGAGAAAGUUGGCUGUCAGCUCAGAGCAAACAACAUGGGAGUUGGUGUUAUUGGAAUUAUUGAGUGCAACUUUCUUAAGCCAACACAUAAUAAACAAGACUUUGAUUAUACAAAUGAGUAUAGACUAACGAUUCAAGCACUAGGACUGAAGCUGAAUGAUUACUGGAAUGAGAAGAAGAAUAAAAGAAACCAAGAAGAUCCUCAGAGUGUUGUACCCGUAGAAGAAUCACAGAAGCUUCCUGAUCAAGUUUGGGCUCAAUGUGAUGGCUGUUUAAAAUGGCGAAAGCUUCAAGAUGGGAUUGAUCCAGAUAUGCUGCCUGAUAAGUGGUUCUGCAGCAUGAAUCCAGAUCCAUCUUUUAGGAGCUGCAGUGUUCCAGAAGAACCUGAAGAUGCUAUUGAUGUUACUCCCAGUUACGAAAAAACAUAUAAAAAGCUAGAACAAAGAAAUCGUGAGAAAAACCGACGGCGAUUAAUCGAUCAAGACAAACAGCAGAAAUAUUUAGAAGAGCAGCUCAAACUAAAGGAGCAAGAACUUCAAGAGGAGAGAAGGAAACAACAGCAGAAUAUGGAUCUACGGAACAUCAUACAGAAGUAUAAUAAGGAAGCUGAUGCUCUUAGAAAGGAACAGGAAUUAUUGCAGCAAAAUCUACAAGCAAAGAACCUUAAGGCCAUGUUGCCGAGACAGAUAAAUCAUCAUGAAACCACCGAAGUAACUUCAAGUGCCCAGAAUCUCACUAAAUGGGUGGUCAAUGGAGACAAUACAUUGAACAUAUCACCCAGCCCAGCAACAGCUACCAUAACCUCGCCUGUGAGUAAACUUCAAAUUGUGGAAGUUAAAUCGCUAUCAACGCCACAAAUACCAUCUAAUGGUCAAAGUGCUAAAAGAACGUGUAACUAUCAAAGUGCAAGUCCAAAUCCAAAGCAACCAAAAUUAGAUGAAGGAAUUACUUUUGCCAGCUCUGUAAAUGGGGAAACUGUUAACGAUACAACAUUUGAUGAUGAUGUCAUUAUUGUUGAUGAGAAGAGUACACCAAGGCCUAGUUUAACUUUUGACUUGUCAAAAGUAAAACAUGAGCACAGAGCAAGUACAGAUACAACUGACUUUUGCAAUGAUGUGCUGCUCGGUAAUUGUGAUGAACGAGUUAAAGCUACGCAGACUGAGAACUCAGCAAUUUCUGUCAAGGAGGAGGGCAACGGAUCUGAAAAGCAGAACCUCUCCAGUGGCACCAGUGAUCUGAAAGAACAAGUUCAGCAGUCUCGGGAUGACGAGCUUCAGUGUUUGGCAAAUAACGAAGGAAGCAUAGCUCAAACCAGCGAAGAACAAAACAUCCAAAAUGUUGUUCUGAAAGCCAUGACUGAUGAGAGAGAUCACUACAAGGCAAAAUGUGAACAGAUCGAGAAAGAACUGGAAAAUGUUCAAAAAAAGCUUUUGGAAAAAAGUGAGUGCCAUGUCAAAAAAGAGUGCUGCCAUCAGUGGACGCAGUCUGAAUUUAUUAUUGGGGACCAUGCAGAGACUAUGGAUGAUUUCUGCAAACUCAGUAAUGAAGAAAAGGCAUCCCAAUAUGAAUUGGCACUAAAGGAAAUGGAAAAGUUAAAGAGACAGUGCCAAACACUGGAGAAUUUAAAGUUUGAAUGUUUCACUUGUAAUCUAAAGGAAAAUGAUAAUUUGGUAAAAAAGGAAGAAGACGAGCUAAUUCUGCAGCUGGACAGUAUGUUUCGACAAUUAGACAGCUGCAAGUCUGAGCGAGAUCAGUAUAAAGAGGAAGCUGAACGAUUGCAAAGUGAAAAUGAUACAAUCAAACUCAACUUGGCAAAUCUUUGUAAAGAAGUGGAACGUUUAAAGCGUGAAGCCACUGAAGCACAACAGAGUAACCUUCCAGAUGGCAUGAGUGUGAAACUCCGGUCUCUGCGGAUUGGUAUUGCGCAGCUUCUGGCUAACAUUGUACCUGAGCUGGACUUAGCACAAAUAAACUAUGAAAGUGAAGUUGUUGAUGAGAUUUUGGAACAGGUAUUAUCUGCCAAUGAAUCAUAAAGGCCAUCGCGUGUUUUGUUACAUGGAUAUCUUAUGAAAACAUCAAUGGACUAUGUAACUAUGUCAGCAGACUUUUGAUAAAAUCAGAGCUUACAAGUGAGCAAGUUAUGCACUUCUUUGAUUACAAUGGAUUCUGAUUUAUUUUUUCAGUAGACCAAAAGUAUUGAUUUCUUAAAUUGCUGGUCAGGUUGCUUCAGCAAUGAAUUGCAGGCUGGCUGAGCGUAAUGGGAGAGGCCCUUUAACGUAAACUGCUCAAAUGGUAAUGUUAAUUUCUUGACCUGUCUUGUGCAAAGACGAUGUUCUCUUUUGCGGUAUUAUAUCAAGAUUUUUUUGCUUAUGCCAUCUGUGGUUUAUCUCAACUGCGCAUCUAUCUUAAUCAAUGGGGAUCAGUAGAAGGGGAGGCUAUUAUGUUUUUUUUAUCAACUAGUGAUCAUUUCCCCUUCAAAAGAGAUUUUGUUCACGUGCGCCUCAGCAUUUGUCUUGUGCACGUUUUGUUGGUUCUUGGAUUAAAUAAUGUGCUGUAAAGCCUUAUGUAAUUUCAUAUUAAUUUCAUUAUAAAUUUUUUAUAAUUGAA